AUGGGCGCGAGCCAUCUUGAGCAAACCAAUGCUCUCUUCAGGAAAAAUCUUGUAAUCCAGAGGCGCUCCUGCAAGACGAACUGCUGUCUGAUCUCGUUCCCGCUGCUCCUCUGCUCCGUCAUCGGCGGCCUACAGAUCGCCAUCAACCACGCAUCGUCGUCGCAGGGAGAGGGAGGUGCUAUUCCUGCUACCCAUCUCGACUGCAGCUGCAGCAACGUCAGCGUAGACGAGAACGCGAUGGGAGGCAUAGAAUGCCCUUACCAGUACGAAGUCAAUGGGUCUUGCGCGGCAACAUUCCUUGUCACUGGCGACAACCACUCUUUUGUAGAAGGUGUGAUAGAUAACAUUUUCACUGCUCAUAGUUCUUCAGUGAACUUGUCGGCAGAUGUUUCUGCGUUGUCUGAUUUUGUUCUGGCAGAUUACGGAGGAUCUUUUCUUCAGAACAAGUGCUUCCCUAACUUGACACUUUCUUAUCCAGUUCAACAUGGCAAUCGUACCGUGAGUCAAGCAUAUGAUUUCUUAAGUUCUGAUCAGGGCAAAUUCAACCUGAUCAUCUCAUACAACUCCACAAACUAUGGUUUUUAUGAUGAAUCAGAACAAUCUGUCCCUGCGCUUAAUAAUCAAGAACGUCCAGUGCAAAAAGCUAAUUCGGAUCAAGUCCCACGAUUAGCUAAUAUGGCCUCAAAUGCAUACCUUCAUUUAAAGGGUAAUGGUCUCAAUAUGUCAUUUGAAUUUGUUAAAGACAUGCCUAGAGCAGCUAUACCAGCUGCACACAAUGACCGGUUUGAUCUGGCUCCAUAUAUAGGGCAGCUACCUUUUGUAUGGACUAUGGAGCUUCUUUUUCCGGUAAUUUUGACAAACCUUGUAUACGACAGACAAAAUAAGCUAAGGAUAAUGAUGAAGAUGCAUGGUCUUGGAGAUUUACCGUAUUGGACUAUAUCCUAUUGCUAUUUUCUACUAUUGUCGCUGCUUUAUGUGCUGUCCUUCAUGCUAUUUGGUUCUGCCCUUGGUUUAACAUUCUUCCGCCAGAACAACUAUGGCGUGCAGUUUGUAUUCUUUUUUGCUUACAUGAACUUGCAAAUUUCAUUUGCAUUUCUUAUGACAACAUACUUCUCUAGUGUGAGGACAGCUACUGUGACAGGAUAUUUGUACAUAUUUGUGUCUGGCCUUUUGUCACAAUUUAUAUUCAGAUCCUAUGUUGAAGAUGCUAACCUCUCAAGAAGCUGGAUCACACUUAUGGAACUUUUACCUGCAUUUUCCUUAUACCGCAUUGUUUAUGAAUUCUCACGAUUUGAACGGCUUGGAAAUUAUAUGGCCUUCUUGGGGAUUCAGUGGACUGAUAUGACUAAUCCAGAAAAUGGAUUGGCAGGUGUGCUUACCAUUAUGGUACUAGAAUGGUUCGUAUUCCUUUUACUUACAUUCUAUUUGGACCAUUUUCAUUCCUUCAAAGACGGAAUGAAAAAAGCAGCAGUAUUUGUUCGCUCCCGCAUAAAUGGGAACCAUGUUGAAACUGCUCAGCAGCAGAACAUACAACUUCAGGAAUUCAGAGCUUCCGUUGAAUUGGAGAGAACAGAUGUCAUCAAAGAGAGAGAGAUAGUUGAACAGAUAUCAGAAGAAUCUCGCAGAAGCUAUUCAGUCAUAUGCGACAAUCUUGAGAAAGUGUACCGUGGAAAAGAUGGAAAUGCAGAUAAAAUUGCAGUUAGAGGGAUAUCCAUUUCUAUGUCACGUGGACAGUGUUUUGGUGUUCUUGGUCCAAAUGGUGCGGGAAAGACCACUCUUAUUAACAUGCUGACUGGAUUUUGUAAACCUACCUCUGGCACUGCAUACAUUGAAGGGAUGGACAUACGCUUCGACAUGGACAGAAUAUAUACAGGAAUUGGUGUUUGUCCACAGGAUGACUUGCUAUGGGAGAACCUGACUGGUCGCGAGCAUUUGUUGUUCUAUGGCAGGCUUAAGAAAUUAAAGGGUGCAGCAUUAGCUGAGGCCAUUGAACAAUCUUUGAGAAGUAUGCACUUGCUUGCCGGUGGUGUUCCUGAUAAACUCGUGGGGAAAUACAGUGGUGGUAUGAAACGUCGUCUCAGUGUUGCUAUCUCUCUAAUUGGUGAUCCUAAGGUUGUUUAUAUGGAUGAACCAAGCUCUGGCUUGGAUCCAGCAUCAAGGAAAAACUUGUGGAAGGCUGUCAAGUCUGCGAAACAGGAUAGGACAAUAAUUCUCACAACACACUCGAUGGAAGAGGCUGAUGUUUUGUGCGACCGGAUCGGAAUCAUCGCAAAUGGUAGCCUGCAGUGCAUUGGGAGCUCCAAAGAGCUGAAAGACAGGUACGGAGGCUCAUGCGUGCUGACAGUAACAACUCCGGCCGGCGAAGAGGAGGAGGAGAUCGAGAGGCUGGUCCAGUCCAUCUCGCCCGCGGCCAACAGGGUGUACCGCGUCUCGGGAACGCAGAAGUUCGAGAUGCCGAAGCAGGGGAUGAAGAUCUCCGUGGUUUUCGGGGCCAUGGAGCAGGCGAAGAGCAGCCUGCACAUCCUUGCCUGGGGCCUGGCUGAUACGACGCUGGAAGACGUCUUCGUCAGAGUGGCCAAGCAGAGUGACAUGUCCACUGUGACCUGA